AUGUUUGCACACCAGAUAGGCAUGAAUGUUCAGGUUUACGUUGACGGCAUGUUAGUCAAAAGCCUGCGCGAAAAAGAUCAUCUGGACGACCUCCGAGAAACAUUCAACACACUUCGAUCAUUCAACAUGAAGCUAAAUCCGAGCAAGUGCGCGUUCGGGGUCACGGCGGGAAAGUUCCUGGGUUUUAUGGUGUCCCAGAGAGGUAUAGAAGUCAACCCGGAGAAGGUACGGGCCAUAAUGGAGUUAGAACCCCCGAGGACGGUCAAGGAAGUCCAGAGUUUAAAUGGAAAGAUUGCGGCCCUAAACAAAUUCGUCUCAAGGGCGACGGACAGGUGCUUACCAUUCUUCCGAACCUUAAGAAAGUCAUUUGAGUGGACGGAUGAAUGCCAAGCGGCCUUCAACGACUUAAAGGCGUAUCUCUCAUCUCCUCCAUUACUCAGUCCUUCCGUGCAAGGUGAAGAACUCUACCUUUACUUAGCAGUCUCGCAUGCCGCAGUAAGCGCAGCUUUAGUAAGGGAGGAGGAAGGGAUACAAAAACCCGUCUAUUUUACCAGCCGUGCACUCCGUGGUGCAGAAGAGAGGUACCCCCAGAUGGAGAAGUGGGUUCUCACACUAGUAAUAGCUGCACGGAGACUUAAGCCGUACUUCCAGGCACACACAAUCAUUGUCUUAACAGACAAGCCACUGAGGAAAGCUAUGAACAGCCCGGAAGCAGCGGGAAGAAUGGCCUUGUGGGCAAUAGAGCUAAGCGAGUUCGACAUUCAGUACCACCCACGGACGGCCAUGAAAGGACAGGCAGUAGCUGACUUCAUCGCCGAAUUUACACGUGGGGAGGACCAAUUGGCAGAAGUAAAGGAACAGUGGAAAAUCUACACAGACGGGUCCUCAAACAGGCGAGCCGGGGGAGCUGGAGUCGUAAUACAAACUCCGCAGGGAGACACGAUACGAUGCAUGAUCCUCCUGGAUUUUCCAAUAACCAACAACGAGGCGGAGUAUGAGGCCUUGGUGGCGGGAUUGGACCUCGCGAAAGCCGCAGGAGCGAAGAACGUAAUUGUCCAUUGCGAUUCACAAGUGGUAACAAGUCAGAUCAAUGGCGACUACGAAUGCAAGAACGAUAGAAUGAAGAAAUACUUGGAAGAAGUGAAGUACCGGACCAACAGUAUCGAAGUCGAAUUCGUUCAAAUCCCAAGGGAAGAGAACGGGUGGGCUGACCAACUAGCAAAGUCUGCAUCAGCCGAGUCCGUAGUGGUCCCCGAACAGGUAUUGUCAUUCGUGCAAACAUCCUCACUAAUCGAUAACGAAACAAACAUGCAGGUUGAGGGCUCUGAGGGCGACUGGACUACGCCAUUGAUCGCCUACCUAAAGGCCGGAGUGUUACCGGAUGAGAAAGGUGCCGCUAGAAAAUUGAAGGUCCAGGCAUCACGGUUCGUGCUGAUAAAAGACAUCCUGUAUAAAAGGGGUUUCUCUCGACCAUACCUGAGGUGUUUGUGCAAAGAAGAGGCGAAUUAUGUAAUGAGAGAGGUGCACGAAGGUAUCUGCGGAAACCACUCAAGGGCGCGAUCGCUGGUGCAUAAACUGAUCCGUGCAGGGUACUACUGGCCUACAAUGAUGAAGGAUGCGCAAGCCUACGUCCAAUCUUGCGACAAAUGCCAGAGGUUCAGCAAUUUCAUCAGGCAGCCGUCCGAAGAUCUGACACCUAUGACGGCACCCUGGCCGUUUGCGCAAUGA